GCUUCCGGUGUCGGCGGCGGCGGCGGCAGCCCGGGAGAAAGCCCCGGCCGCGGGAGGGGUGAGCGGGGCUCGGGGUCCCGAAGCAGCAGGGGAAGGGGACCAUGGCCUGCACUGAGCGUACGUUCAUUGCUAUCAAGCCUGACGGAGUCCAGCGGGGUCUUGUGGGAGAGAUCAUUAAGCGUUUUGAGCAGAAAGGAUUCCGCCUCGUUAGUUUGAAAUUUAUGCAGGCUUCUGAAGAUCUUCUCAAGGAACACUACAUUGACUUGAAGGACCGUCCCUUCUUUCCAGGCCUGGUGAAAUACAUGCACUCAGGGCCCGUGGUUGCCAUGGUCUGGGAGGGGCUCAAUGUUGUAAAGACAGGCCGAGUGAUGCUUGGCGAGACCAACCCUGCAGAUUCCAAGCCAGGGACCAUCCGUGGGGACUUCUGCAUCCAGGUUGGCAGGAACAUCAUUCAUGGCAGCGAUUCCGUGGAGAGUGCAGAGAAGGAGAUCAACUUGUGGUUUCGGCCUGAGGAACUGGUGGAUUACAAGAGCUGUGCACAGGACUGGAUCUACGAGUGACAGGCGAACAGGCCAUGAUAGUUUUCCUGUCUACUCUCCACCCCUUUCCCCAUUCCCAGACUAGCAAAUUCAGUUAUUUCUGGAACUUCCUGUAACCUAGAGGAAUGCUCUCAAAGAUGUGAGUGCUCCUUUUACAGUGUUAUAUGCUGCCAUCGGAUUAAAAUAUUUCAUCUCAAUAUAGGAAUAGUUGAUGU